AUGAAGCUCCUGAUUUUAUUAUUGGUGGCUGCCGUAUCUGCUGCCCCACAGGGGUACAACCUAGCCACUCCUUCUGGCCCAUCCUUUAACGCCGGGGGUUGUGGCGGUGGACAAGUGCGACACGUGGAUGGCAGCUGUGUCACACCUCAAGUGAACAGUCGUGUGUUCUUGUAUGAUGUGCCGGCAAAUCAAGCUUCUUCCAGUGGGCCAGCGUACGUUCCAAAACCUAAACUUGAACGCAAUAUUGUUUUUGUGAGACUUCCAGAAGGUAGUCAAGGACCAGAACCCAUCGUCGUUCCUCCUCCGAGGCAACAACACGUUUUGUUCGUACUUAACAAGCAGUCUGAACAAGGUCAACAAGUGAUCGAGGUGCCAGCUCCACCACCUUCGGAUCCCGAAGUGUUCUUCGUGAACUACGCAGAAGGAGAGAACCCGACUCUUCCGGGUGGAGUAGACCUCCCAAACGGCGCUGAGUGCUGCUUCUCAAGGUGCGGUCAAGUCGUAGGAGGUGGUGGCAGUGGAGGUUCUGGUGGCGGCUUCGGAGGCGGAUUUGGAGGUGGAUUUGGAGGCGGCAGUGGAGGUGGAUUUGGAGGCGGCAGUGGAGGUGGAUUUGGAGGCGGCAGUGGAGGUGGAUUUGGUGGUGGUAUUGGUGGUGGAAGUGGAGGCGGAUUUGGAGGUGGAAUUGGAGGCGGCAGUGGAGGUGGAUCCGGUGGUGGAAGCCCCUCCACUCUAUAUAGUACACCAUAA